AAAAAGAGAACGAAGGCACACAAGAGUUCAGCAAACCCCGACUGAGAGUGCGCUGAAACGUCUAGUGGAUUUCGAUGCCCAUGCUGCGCUUAUCGCUCCGAUCCCUCCACCUCGUCUCUUCUCCCCGCUGUCUCUGCCGCCAUAUGAGUUCCUUGGAGCCGAAGGCGGCCUUGGCGCGGCUGAGGGAAUCGAAGCUUUUGAAGACGCAGGGGAUCAUCGGGGGGAAAUGGAUCGAUGCGUACGAUGGAAAAACCAUCCAGGUGCAAAACCCUGCUACCGGUGAUGUUAUAGCGAGUGUCCCUUGCAUGGGCGAAAGGGAAACUAGUGACGCCAUAUCAUCAGCAUACGAGGCUUUCAAUUCCUGGAGCAAACUGACAGCUGGUGAAAGGAGCAAGUGUCUGAGAAAAUGGUAUGAUCUAAUUAUUUCCUACAAGGAAGAUCUUGCUCUACUAAUAACAUUGGAGCAAGGGAAGCCUUUGAAGGAGGCUUUGGGUGAGGUUAACUAUGGGGCCAACUUCAUCGAAUUUUUUGCAGAAGAGGCAAAACGUGUUUAUGGGGAUAUAAUUCCUACGACACUGGCUGAUCGUCGAUUGUUUGUGCUAAAACAGCCUGUUAGAGUGGUCGGGGCAAUAACCCCAUGGAAUUUCCCUUUGGCUAUGAUAACUCGGAAGGUUGGGCCUGCUCUUGCUUGUGGCUGCACAGUAGUUGUUAAGCCAUCAGAACUUACACCCUUAACUGCAUUAGCUGCGGCAGAACUCUCGCUUCAAGCUGGGAUACCACCAGGUGUAAUCAAUGUGAUAAUGGGGAAUGCUUCUGACAUAGGUCAAACUCUACUUGAUAGCACAAAGGUACGAAAGAUCACAUUCACUGGUUCAACAGCUGUUGGGAAGAAGUUAAUGGCAGGGUCAGCAAGUACAGUUAAAAAGGUAUCCCUGGAACUUGGAGGUAACGCUCCCUGCAUUGUAUUUGAUGAUGCAGACCUGGAUGUGGCAGUUAAAGGCAGUCUUGCAGCGAAGUUCCGUAAUAGUGGGCAAACUUGUGUCUGCGCAAACAGAAUAUUAGUGCAAGAAGGCAUAUAUGAGAAGUUUGCUAGUGCAUUCAUGAAGGCUGUUCAGAACUUGCAGGUUGGCAAUGGCCUUGUGGAAGGCACAGCUCAGGGUCCAUUAAUUAAUGAAGCGGCUGUUGAAAAGGUUGAAAGAUUAAUUAGAGAUGCUACCGUAAAGGGAGCAAAUGUCAUACUUGGAGGAAAGAGGCAUAGCCUGGGUAUGACAUUUUAUGAACCCACUGUCGUGAGCAAUGUUAACAAUGAGAUGCUCAUAUCUAGGGAAGAAGUGUUUGGUCCAGUGGCACCAUUGCUGCCUUUCAAAAGUGAAGAAGAAGCUAUUCGUAUAGCUAAUGAUACAAAUGCAGGGUUAGCUGCAUAUAUAUUCACAAAAAGUAUCCCUCGCUCUUGGCGUGUAUCUGAAGCUCUUGAAUAUGGACUGGUUGGUGUUAAUGAAGGAAUUAUAUCUACAGAGGUAGCACCAUUUGGAGGGGUUAAACAGUCUGGCCUUGGAAGAGAAGGUUCCAAGUAUGGCAUGGAUGAAUAUUUAGAACUUAAAUAUGUGUGCUUGGGGAACAUGAAAGAGGCAUAACAUGGAGAGGGUAGGAACAACUCAAGUGAAGCAGAAGGACCUCAUGUGCGAGCUACAUGUGUUGGGUUGCAGAUCAUUUUUGAGGACCACUGGAUCAGGGAUGGGAAAGUGUAUAAUUAAGUAUGCUACUUUGAUUUGAGCAAGACAAUAACUUUUUUGUUCCUACAUUUUCUCUUUGUUUGUCUUUUUCUUGAGCUUGUUAUCAAUAUAUAUAAAAGUAACCAGAGAUGUAGGUGUUGUUCACCUUCAUGGUACAACUGGAUCUUUUGCUGUUGACAAAUAAUAAGCCAAAGAAGCUGUUGCAGCAAGUUCAU